GUUGUUUUUCCAGAAGAGGAGGAUCACAGACAAACAGACUCUAGAGCAUGCCAAUCAGAUUCAGAGCUUUUUAGUAAGGAGGACAGCCUGGACUUUCAAGUGUUCUUUAGAGACAGUGCAAAGUUCGACCCGGACCCGGAACCAUGGAGAGAAUGGUACCCGGAUGAUGGUAUCGAGCCUGAUGACCACCUACAGCGGUGGGGAGGUCCAAAGGGACUUACUACUGCACUCAUUCGUAAUAAUGAUCAGGGGCGGAUCAUUUUCGAGAGGGGAUAUGCUAGAGGCUCUAGCCCCCCAGCUCCUAGAAGGAGUCUUAGGCUUGCAAGGCGACGUCGUCUUCCUUCUCCAAGUCGAUCAGAGAUUUCUUUGGAAUCGGAAGACCAAUGGAGGUUUUGAGCUUCUGAUUAUUGUGUUAAGGGGAGCUAUCUUGCUUUUAUCUCUUUGUUGGCAUCUUCAUUGGUGGUAGUCCUAUUG